AUGUCGGAUAUCGAAAGUAUGUUUUACCAAGUAAGAGUGCCUGACGCCGACUCGGAUUUUCUUCGAUUUGUGUGGUAUAAAAACAGCGAUCGAUUGAAACCAGUUACAGAGUAUCGAAUGAAAGUACACCUGUUUGGCGCCACUUCACUAAUUUGCUCAAGCUAUGCCUUGCGAACCACUGCGACUAGCCAUGCACUUCACUAUAGCAAAGAAGCUGUUGAUACCAUCUUAAAAAAUGUCUAUGUAGAUGACUGCCUAAAAUCCGUUUCUUCAACGAGUGAAUCAAUUGCCCUUGCAACAGAAGUUACAAAGCUUUGUGCCGAAGGUGGGUUUCAUUUGACAAAAUGGAUUAGUAACGAUAGGGAAUUUAUGAACUCGAUUCUAGAGGAAGAAAGAGCUAAGAAUAUAAAAGACAUCAAUUUGGAUAUUGACAAACUACCUACAGAUCGUGCACUUGGUGUAAAAUACAAUACCGAAACCGACCAAUAUAGGUUCAAUAUUAAUCUUAAACAGAAGCCUUUGACACGGAGGGGGAUACUAUCUGCAGUUAGCUCUAUUUACGACCCUCUGGGAUUUGUAGCGGCCGUCACAUUGCGCGCAAAGGGAAUACUGCAAGAUUUGUGUAAAAUGAAAUUGGAUUGGGACGACGCAAUUCCUAAUGAUUAUCAACUCAAAUGGAAUAAAUAG